CCAGUCGAAGGGUUGAUUCCGCGAGUAGCGGGACGAAUCAAUCAGCGGACGGUACAUGGAACUUUACUCGUGGCGAGGGUUACGCUGAUCUGGCUAGUGAGGAAGCGGUCCUGCUGCAAGGUUAGUAUCGUACCGUUCGAGGACAAUAUCAUCCUGUUCGUUGAGCGUUUCUUUGCGAAAUGUGGAGUACAAAAAGGUGGCGUGACCUCGGGGAAUUUCGCGGGAAGGAAAGAAUGCGUCGGCGGAUUUAUAGUUUGUCCAGGCUCGCCAGGAUGGUGGGUAGCGUGCCCAGCGGAUGGAUGAGGAAAAUUCUCCUCUUCCUAGUCCUGCUGACUGGGGUCCUUCUCAUCGCCAUGUACGCACACGCUCCGCCGCUUGUUUCACUUCAGCCCUUCUCGUCGCGACGACUGAAGGAGUUGCAACGAGGCUUGGUUACUUUCCUGGUCGGUAAUGAAAGCACGAAGAGACCGGAGGAACGGCUCUACGAGUAUCUGGAAGAGCCUAGGACGUUUCAGAGCCCGUGGUCCUGGGCGUGCGUAUCUGGCCGCUGCGAGAGGAGAGCAGUGAGAUCCUCGCGCACCUCUCUGGCAAGCUGCAUCGCUCUUUGCGGCGGAAACAGUCGACUGCUUUGGCCCAGACCUACGGGAAACGUUCUUCUAGGCGAGGACAGCAUCAUCAUACACCACCAACAGAUAGAGCUCGUCACCAUCAACACCUACGAUCAUGAAACGAAGAAUCUGUUGGAGCACGCCAAGGAUGUCUUCAUCGGAAACGUGAGGAGCCUGGUGAAGGUAGCAAACGCAAAGAGCAGGUCAGGUUUGGACAGUUUCGUGAUAUAUAUAAGCGCUGGAAGCUCCCGACCGGUUGGACCAGGUUUGGAUACGGACGAGUCCUACACUCUGGAGCUGAUACCCAAAGGAAAAAUUUUGGAGGGUCGAAUAACCGCGAAGAGUUACUUCGGAGCGAGGCAUGGUUUGGAAACGCUUGGACAGAUGAUCUGGUGGGACGAAACCGCUGGAAGGGAGGGUGCUCUGAGGGUCCUGGCUCGCGCUUCCGUGGAGGAUAAGCCAACGUUUCCCUAUAGAGGACUCCUCGUCGACACUGGCAGGCAGUUCUUCCCCGUCGAACGACUGAAACGAGUGAUCGAUGGAAUGGCUGCCUCAAAGCUGAACACGUUCCAUUGGCACCUCACCGACUCGCAGAGUUUUCCCUUCGACUCGGCUCAGUUCCCCGAAAUGGCCAGAUGGGGCGCCUACAGCGGAGAUCAGAUCUACACGCCCGACGACGUCAAGGAUCUAGCGGAUUACGCGAGGAUCCGCGGCAUCAGGGUGCUGGUGGAGAUCGAUUCUCCUGCCCACGCGGGGGCUGGAUGGCAAUGGGGGACGGAGUACGGAUACGGGGAGCUGGCACUCUGCGUUGAUCAACAGCCAUGGUCGUCGUAUUGCGGCGAGCCGAAUUGCGGCCAGUUGAAUCCCAUCAACGAGCACUCCUACAGAAUAUUGGAGGGGCUGUACAGGGAGCUGCUGGACCUGACCGAGAUCCGCGAUAUCGUGCAUCUUGGCGGCGACGAGGUGAACCUGGACUGCUGGGCACAGUACGGGAACAUAACGGCAGCGAUGCAGGCGCAGAACAUGACGGAUCACCACGCCAUGUGGGCUGAAUUCGAGACCAAAAUGCUGCAGAGGCUGGUCAAGGCCAAUCGCGACGAGACGCCAAAGGCCGUGAUCCUGUGGAGUUCUCCAUUGACGAAGAGGCCUUACAUAACGAUGUACUUCGAUCCUAAGGUCCACGUGAUUCAAUCUUGGGGCGGAAGUAACUGGCCAGAAACGACGGAUCUUCUGGACGAUGGAUUCAGGGUGAUCUUGUCGCACGUGGACGCUUGGUACUUGGACUGCGGUUUUGGGAGAUGGAGGGAAACCGGGGAAGCCGCCUGCGGCGAGUACCGUACCUGGCAGACGGUCUACAAUCAUCGUCCCUGGAGGGAUUACCCUCAGCAGCAUCUGAAUCUAGUUCUCGGCGGGGAGGCAGCGAUCUGGAGCGAGCAGACCGGUGACGCGUCUCUAGGACCUCGACUAUGGCCUAGGGCGUCAGCUCUCGCCGAAAGAUUAUGGAGCGACAUGCCAACCAACGGCUACUCCACGGACGAAAACGUGUACACUAGGCUAGCCGCUCACAUGGAGCUUCUCGCGAGUCGGGGAUUGAAGACGGAGGCUAUGUGGCCCCAGUGGUGUUCUCAGAAUCCCGGGAAAUGUCUCUGACCAUUCGUUAGCUCGAAACUGAUCGCUGAAUCGUUCAAUUCGAAUCGUAGUUGCGAUGGUCUCUUGGAAGGGAAACGUUGCAAGAAGCGAUUCCGUUCGCCAUCUUCGGAUCACCUGGCGCGAUUGGAUACCGUCUCCGUGCCACUCUGUAACAUCCAUGAUGGCAGAAGCUCGUCGCGUGUCGCGAUCGUGACGAGCGCGAUGUUACCGAGCCACCGAAUAUCGGUAGUUCCCCGAUAACGUUUCUGUAAUUUCGAAUAACAAGUAAUCGUUCGUGUACCGGUAGGGCUGUCAAUGGUGCAACGUCGAUCCAACGUUGAUUACGUGGGAAACGUAAGACGACCUAGAGACGUGGAGAAAUAAAUAAUACUCCUGAGAACGUGUCUAGGCGACACGAUAGAGCACCGAUCAACAGUCGAUAGACUAAAUUCCUUGAGAACUCGCGUUGAGUGCGUGGCACGAAGGGUUGGGUUAGAAAGGAGAUGUAGUUUAGUGGAGAUUUACUUAACGAAGAGAGAAGGGAAGGAACUUUUCGAGCGUUUCUCUGGUUUGCCAAAGAAUCACAGGCACAAUACAGUCAUCUUUCUUGUUUUCAUGGAAAAGGGCGCGGACUACUCGAUACUCCUGAUCGUAUGGGAUACAUGACAUAAAACACUAUGGUAAAUUAACGUCAAUUUCGAGAAUUCACGAGCGCGGGUCUCGCGUAAACGCUCUGUUGUAGCUCGAUGCCAUACUUUUCGUUCGAAGUGCCUUUCCAAUUGUAAUCUACUCGUGGCGCGUGAUGCUGCAUCGUUGUUGUUGCACGAUUCAAGCGUAAACAUCGUGCCCGUUCCUAAGUGUCUCGGAUACCGAGAGUAUCAUCGUCCCUCACAGGUUCGGUAUUUAGGACAAAAAUUGGACAGCGUCCAUAUAGCAGGUGCCUCGGCUAACGACACCUCUUUGAAUAUCUUUUUAACCCAAAUUUCAUUUAAAACAAUCCCCACAAAUAACAAUGCCUUCAUAUUCCAAGCCUCGCAAUACCACUGAGCCUUCAAGCACGAGAAUAAACUCAAUCCUAAUUCCUGUUAAUAAACUUGCUUGAACUCUACAAUUCACAAUAAUAGGAAAAUCAUUUAACGAAUGAACUCAUCCCACAGAUACCAGUCUAAUAAAGUAUAAAUAAAGAUGCUCAGAGCGGUGACGUCACGUGAGACACCCUGUACAAACCCUAAACUGCGAAGACAUUUAACAAAAGAGCAUAAUUCUUCACCUCGAUUCCUUUGGUAUUCGUCUCGUCAGAGAACAAGCAUACCAUCUCGUCGGACGACACCGAAAAUAGAAAAUGGAGCCAUUCGCGCAAGCUUCUUUGUUUAAACUGCCAAGUCUAGAUUCUACGUAGAAUUCAUUAAAGAUUCGGAGAAGAGCGAUGUCGUUUGCAUUAGGCAAUUUACGCUAGCGAAUCGAUGAUUCAUUGGUCACUCAUGUUCAUUAAAACAAUACAGGUGUUUCGAUAUUGGCGAGAUUUGUUUCAACAAUCAUUCGAACAAGUCGCACGAAUGGCUACUAUUUCUUAUUGUUUGCCAAUAUUGAAUCCAUUGCUGAAGCAAGAUUCGCCAUUGAGGAAACAUGAUGUACAUUACCAACGGGUGCGGGAGUUUUAUGAAAGGAUUUUAAGAACAGAGAAGAUAGGAAUAUGAGAUUCUCACUUUGCUUUUUGCACCUAGAGAGGUACAAAAUAGGCGUGGAUUGGAAACUACAGAGAACUUUAUUUGAUAUACGUUGCGUACACAUAAAUUCAUUUUAAAGCGAUACAUGAUUGUAAAAAGUUUUAUCGACAUGCGGGUAACACUAUCAAAAUU